AUGGCUGAGACCUUAUGUCAGAAGCGUGCAUUGGAAGCUUUUGGGUUGGAUCCUGAAAAGUGGGGAGUCAACGUGCAGUCGCUAUCUGGAUCCCCAGCUAACUUUCAAGUUUACACGGCGCUGCUGAAACCUCAUGAGAGAAUCAUGGCACUUGAUCUGCCGCAUGGUGGGCAUCUUUCACAUGGUUAUCAGACUGACACAAAGAAGAUAUCUGCUGUGUCCAUAUUUUUUGAAACAAUGCCAUACAGAUUGAAUGAGAGUACAGGCUAUAUUGACUAUGAUCAGCUGGAGAAAAGUGCUGCACUCUUUAGGCCGAAACUUAUAGUUGCUGGUGCAAGUGCUUAUGCUCGCCUUUAUGACUAUGCACGUAUCCGCAAGGUCUGUGAUAAGCAAAAGGCAGUUUUAUUGGCUGAUAUGGCACACAUUAGUGGGCUAGUUGCUGCAGGUGUUAUCCCAUCGCCUUUCGAAUAUGCAGAUGUCGUGACAACCACCACACAUAAGUCACUUCGAGGUCCACGGGGGGCUAUGAUCUUCUUCAGGAAGGGGGUAAAAGCAAUUAACAAACAAGGGAAAGAAGUGUUGUAUGACUAUGAAGAGAGAAUUAAUCAGGCAGUCUUUCCUGGACUUCAAGGUGGUCCACACAAUCAUACCAUAUCUGGUUUAGCAGUUGCACUAAAGCAGGCAACAACUCCAGAGUACAAGGCCUACCAAGAGCAAGUUCUCAGCAACUGUUCAAAAUUUGCACAGAGCUUGCUAGAGAAGGGCUAUGAACUGGUAUCUGGUGGCACUGAUAACCAUUUAGUCCUGGUGAAUUUAAGAAACAAGGGUAUUGAUGGAUCAAGAGUUGAAAAGGUUCUGGAAUCAAUUCAUAUUGCAGCUAAUAAAAACACUGUUCCUGGAGAUGUAUCUGCCAUGGUUCCUGGUGGCAUUCGAAUGGGAACCCCGGCUCUCACAUCAAGGGGUUUUAUUGAGGAAGAUUUCGUGAAAGUAGCCGAGUUCUUUGAUGCUGCUGUGAAGUUGGCGUUGAAGAUCAAGUCAGAUGCACAAGGAACAAAGUUGAAGGAUUUUGUUGCAGCCAUGAAAUCAGAUGAACCUCAAUCUGAGAUUGCAAGGCUCCGUCAUGAUGUUGAAGAGUAUGCUAAGCAGUUCCCGACAAUUGGAUUUGAGAAGGAAACAAUGAAAUACAAGGACUAA